AAACAUUCUCAAGAUCACAAACUGUGCUUAUUUUUUCUCCCUUUCCUCCCAAUCCCAUGGCAACCCGAAAGUCGAUUCCCUUGCCCCUCAAGCUAAAAAUCUGGCUAGUUCUUCUUGCUCUAGCCAUUCCAUCCAUCACCCCGGCCCGAAUCCUGGAUAAGGAAAACCCUGCAACCCCUGAGGAACCUGAUACAACUCCAACACAGACACCCCUUUCCAAUGUUGCUCCUGCUGCAGCUACUAGUGCCACAGUUUCCAAUUCAGAGGCCUACCAUCCACUAACCUUCUUCUUGCAUGACAUUAUUGGUGGAUCAAACCCCUCAGCCACAGCAGUCACUGGGAUAGUGACCAAUCCAGCAGUCAAUGGCCAAGUCCCCUUUGCCAAACCCAAUGGAGCAGUUGUCCCAAUUGGGAAUGGCAUUCCUCAGAACAACAACAACAAUGGAAUUAUCAACAACAACAAUGUCCCCUUCUUCACUGGCCUUGGUGGAAACACAGCUAGCAACUUGAUCCAAAACAAUGGGAACAACAACAACAUCAUCGGCGGCAACGGGCUCCCAUACCUAAAUGGGGCUCAGCUCCCUCCAGGCAUAACCCUUCAAAAGCUCAUGUUUGGGACACUCACAGUGUUUGAUGAUGAGCUGACUGAAGGGCAUGAGCUUGGCUCUGGUUUGCUUGGCAAGGCACAAGGGUUCUAUGUGGCAAGUUCUGAAGAUGGCAGCAGCCAGACCAUUGCUUUCACUGCCAUGUUUCAGAGUGGUGGUUAUGCUGACAGCCUCACCUUCUUCGGUGUGCAUCUCGUGGCGGCAUCAGAGUCUCAUCUUGCAAUAAAACAUGAAAGUGGAUUCAACAAGUACAACUUUACAAGAACCACAGUGGGGCAGAUGUAG